CCAAUAGGAGAGCUUGUUGUAGUCAGGCUGGCAGACCUGUGACAUUCACUGCUCGCAUGUUCGUGUCAAAUCGUUAAAUAUUAGAAAAAUGAACAUUAUUGUGUCCACUUUCCCCCGACUACGUGGGCUGACGCGUCUGAGCAGCGGCCCUGCGGCAGACCUCGCAGCCCCUCACCUGCGGUGGAUCAGUGGAUGGACCGCACCUGGAGCAGCUGCAGCAACAUCUGCACUUUCUAGAUUGCCGGGGCCGCUUUCGUCGCAAGCCGAGGGAUCGGGGGUUUUCCAGCAGCUGCCCUGGCAGUACCAACAGAUCCGCACCAAGAAAAGAGGGAUGGAGUAUCAGCCCAAAAACAUAAAGCGUAAAAGGACCCACGGAUGGAUCAAGAGGAUCAGCACCCAAGGAGGCAUUGAAGUCAUACUGCGACGUAUGCUGAAAGGACGGAAAUCACUUACCCACUGAGAGCUGGGGUGGCAAAACCUGUAAGACCAUCAAGGAACUGGAAAUGCCCCCGAAAUGCUCGGGUGCAGAGAUUGCAACAAAAGACUUUAUCUUCUGUAGGUGUGGUUUGGAUCAGGAAGAUUUUGAAUGACAAAUAUCAAGAGAAACCAGACUAAUUUUCUGAUUGUUUUGUUUUGUUUUGUUGUUGUUGUGGAUUCCAUUUUCUCCCAUGAUAAAAUGUGUCUCCAAUAAAAAAACAAAGCUUUUCAAAAUCACUGUGGUUUUUCUAAACCGGCAUUUCAGACUGUUGAAACCCACUGUCUCAAUGUUUGGUUACAUCCAAAAUUGAAAUUAAAUGAAUAUUACCAAUAUUGUGGAUGUUAAAGGUGGAGCAGUCUCAGCAGCCACUCACAUGACAACUGAGGUGUGGGGUACUUGCCCACUAUUGUUUCAGUAUCUUACACAAGGGCAUUUCAUUAUGAAUAAGGAAAGUUGUUUGACAUUGAAAGACAACCUGCUCUACCACUGGAGUUUCAGUCACCUAAGUAUUUUCACACAGCGUUGGUCCUGAGUCCCAAUAGAUUUGAGUUAAAUGAGCAAUGCAAAGAGCAGAGUUGUGAGGCGCUGGAGCCAAUCCCAGCUGGCUAUGGAUGAGGGCAGGACACCACUGU